AUAUAGAACCGCUUUUUCAUGCGGUUUUUGUCAUUUUGUUCCUUUUCUAUCACAAUAGAAAUCGCAGAACGAAUAAUAUUAGGAGGUUAAACAUGUCAUCAAACAGGAAAAGCGAGCUCGCUGCGUCAAUAAAAGACCAAGAAUCCUCAAUAAGCAACUAUUCGAGAAGGAAUUCUCAAGAAAAUUUUAUUACGGAGUUUUUGACGCAUUGCGAGGAAUACGACAUAGAAACGUUACCUAGUUUUGUAGUCAGGGAUGGCACAGAGCAAUACGCGAAGAUUGAAUCAGAAAAAGUCAAAAUGGACGAGGACAUCCCUAUUUUUUACGUUUCUUUCGAAAAUUCUAAAAAGAUGGAGACUGUGCGGAAACUAGAGUUGUCGAUUUGCAUCCUCGUUGCACUGAACACUACGCUGCAGAAAUAUAACACUAUCACGGUGCUUAAAUUACCCAGUUGUCAGAUAAAUGCCUAUGGUAUCCUGCAGAUAACACACAUGCUGACGGAAUUGGAAUGUUUGAAUGAUUUGAAUCUAGAUGGCAAUCCGAAUCCGCAGGAAAAUUAUUACCUGCUUUGCGCACCGGCAAGAAAUUUACGCUAUUUGUCACUGAGGAUGUGUAAAUUAUCCGAUAACGGUAUGCAAAAGAUCGCAAACGAGUUGAAGUAUCGGGACCCACCAAACGUCCCAAAAUUGAUCGCUCUCAAUGUGGCGGAUAACGACAUUACAGACAUUGGUGCCGAGUAUAUCGCUGAGAUGCUUCGAACUAAUCGAUCUUUGCAGAGCGUGGUGUUAACCGGAAACGAGAUACAAGAUGACGGCGUUUCACUGAUAAUUCAGGAACUUGUCACGUCCACUUUGACUCACGAAGAAAUCGUCGACCUUAGACGUCGCAGAUUUAUCAAGCUGGAGAGCAAGUUGGACAGUCGAGAUACUGAAGGAAGCGAGCAACGGAGAGAAAAUGGAGCAUGGCAAUCCCGAAAUCUGCUUAAAAAUUCUGAAAGUAUAACAAGCCAAGAUAGUUCAUCAAAGAUGAGGGCCCCAUCUAAUUCUCUGUCGAUAUCGAACAGCUCUAUUCAAAUCUCGAAAAAGCUUUCGGACAACGAUAUCGAUCAUCCAUUUAUAAAAGAAACAAUAGCAAUAAACUACUGUGUGAUGACUAGUGGAAAUUUGAAUUUGCAACACUUGAGCCUAAGUUUUAAUCGCCUGACGAAUAAGACGUUGAAGAAACUCGUGUCAUGUCUGCACUAUCAGAAUUUUAUGCUAUUAGGUAAUUACAGCAGAGGGUUGCUACAUGUUUUUUUGGAGGGUAAUGACAUCGAGAAGGAUGAAGACUGGAUAACGUUUCAAGAACUUUUGUGCCGCAGACGACAGAAGAAUCAAACGAUACGAGAUGUGGACCUCAACGAUUCCAUCGUAUCGGUUGAAUGCGAAAUCUUACGGAGCAAAAUCAGUCGGCUCCACACAUUUAAAUCUGACUCAACUGAUUCUCCAACUGAGCUCAUCACACAUACGGGGUGGUAUGAUCAGUGAUGCAAUUAUUCG